AUGGAUCUACAAGGCACAAAAGAAGCCCGGACCCAGGAGGAGGGCGCAGAAGGCCCUCUAGAGGCGUAUGGUGCGGGAAAUGGUCGUUCUAAAGAGUAUCACAAGAACGAGGGGCGAGAUUCUCACAAUCAUGACGACCGACCCUCCAUCCAUCCUCUCCGUCGUCGUCAACAGCCCUUCGCUUAUCCUCAUGCGGCUCAACAAUCUGCUUCACCGGUACCAGCCGCUGUCUCUCGGCCCCGAGAGCCUUCCCCGUCACCGGAGGCUAUCAGUAUACCCCAAGAUUUGGGACUAGAUCCCCGCGAACAGCGCCUAUUGCGCAAGGCUCGGAGAUAUCCGCCGGUCACGAAGAAAACGCUCAGCGAGCUUGAUCUGCCCUGUAUCAUGAGCAACAUUAACCUCCGCAUGGACGCCAACUUCGACCGCGACCUGCACUUCAAGCCUGACCUAGACGGGGAGAAGGGCCAACGCAAGCGGAAAGAAGCUGCGGAUUAUUGGGACGCCUUGGCCGCGGAGAUUACUAUUUACUCUUACCACGCCGCGACUGCCGGUGCCACCGAGAAAAUCGAAUCAAGUGAUGGUACCCGACACGCCUUCGAUCCUCGUUUACCCGCCCUGUUUGAGACAUUGCAGGAUGUCAUCAAGACCCUUGUUCCGGAACGGGAUCACCCAACUAUCAUGCAAAACCUGGAGGUUCCAUUGCUGAUGCAGCAAAUACGCAAAGGCGUUCUCGACAUGCUUACGCUAGCUCGGUGGCUGGCGAAACUACUAAAAACACAUUGUGCUCCGAUGCGAGACGAGUGGGCAGAUUCUAUGGUCGAUCAAAUUCAAAAGGGUUCAGAGUCUCAGGAUCCCCAUGAGAUUGUUAACGGUCUGCGAACAUUGUUCUCUAUUCUAGAGGCGAUGAAGUUGGACGUCGCCAAUCAUCAAAUCCGAGCAUUCCGCGUUCUCCUCAUCGAAGACACAGUCCCCUUCCUCCAAGAAUACUUCCAAGGCAAAAUGAAUCGCGGCGGCUUCCAGGUUGAAUCCGCCCGGCACUGGUACAUAUCCGUGCGUGACCAAGCCCGUCAAGACGAUGCAGAUGCGGAGGCCCAAAAUACAACCCCAACUCCAGAAACGGAAAGCAAUCUCAAACCCCUCGAAGCUCUGUUCCGCGGAAUCUCCGCCCAACUGCUCCAAUUCGCCCCUCCCGCCGACUUCCCCGAAACCUUCCUCUUCGACUCCGAGCGCCUCUGGCAGCUCCGCUCAACCGUCCAAAAUCUAAUCAACCUCGACAUCGCCUGGUACAUCUUCGAGUCCUACAUCAACAAGCACAAGCGUUACCUCUCCACCCCAGAAGAAACCUACUCCACCUUCCGGUCGCGCAUCUGGUCCCUAAUGGAAAACGGUAUGGACCUGGAAAACCGCAUCGCAAGCAACCCAGAUAACAACGAGGACGAUCCCGACCACCGCGGCGGAAAGCGCUGGACGCAAAAUAUGCGCUGUAUCGCUCUGGAGAUUGCCCGCUUUGCCUGUGCCGCGCUGCAGCUCGACCCCGUCGUCACGGACGAGGUCAUCGUUCCUAUCGAGGAAGCGCUCGAGUGGCAUCUCUCGAAUGAGUCCGAGCUCUUCGUUUUCUUCCAAAAUAGCAUGCGUGGCAAGAUCCUUGCUAGCACGAUAGCAGCGGCUCGUCGAUACUUGCCGCUUUCGCCGUUGGCGAUCUGUGAGUCGCAGCGGGCUCCAGUGUCUGCCGCUCUGGGUACUACUGUGCCUCAGACUGGGACUGUGGCUGCGUCUGGGUCAGUGAACAAUACUUCUUCGCUGGCUUUGACGCCGCAGCAGUCGGAUGUCGAGCGUAUUGGGGUACGUCUUGCUCAUUUGGGUGUGCUGCACUGGCGUGUUUGGGCUCCGUUGUUGUAUCUCCGAGAUGAGAUUGCAAUGACCGAGCUUGAGCAGCCAGCAUUCGUAUAA